AUGACAAUAAGAUAAUUAACAAAUUAAAAAAAACUAUAAUUUUAUAGAUGACGCUAGUAUCGUACGAAUUGUUUGCUAAUGAAUAUUCAACAACCGCAGGACUUCACACGAGUUUCACUUAUGAAACAUUAUUAGUAUUAAUUCUAAUCAAGCAAGCGUAGAACAUUCCAUAAAAAGAUUGCUACAGAAAGUAAACUUUUUUUUAAAAGAAUUUAGCCACUCUGCUCGAUUUGACAUUUCUCUCUUUAUCUGUUAUCUUUGAUGAAGUACGCAUAAAACACGUUGAAAACUGACAGAUUACGAAGAGAGUAUAUCAUUGAGCGAUUUUUAUAAAUAUGAAGAAUAAAUAGUGCCUCGAAAACAGAAAACUAUUUCGAAAGGAAAUGUUGUCCAGCUCGGACGCAAAAGCUCGCUGCUUAUGGCAGAUGCUGAUUUGGUCCUUGGUUUUAUGCUUCGUUUCUCAAUAUUCAAACAUAAAAAGACAUUUGGCAUUUUAUCUAUUCGCCUUCGUCAGUAUCAUCAUUUUGCCAAUUCUCACUGCUUUCUACAGUAAUUCGUCAGGAAGAAAAGGUGCAGGACUACUCAGAGCUGGAUAUGUACUUACGGAUCCUAUUCUGGCAUGUUUAGCCCUUACACCUGUUGUUGUCCUGAAUGACCUUCCCGACGUGGUUGUUCGCUUACAUAAUCUAUCGGAUAUCGUUCGUUUCAAUGCAACAGACGUUUCAAAUAUGGAUUCUAGAUACAAACUGAUGCUAAUACAAGCAACCGUCCUUCUUCCUAUUAUACUAUUAUUUGCUAUGGGUAGAAGAACUCGAAAGAUGGAGUUAUCUACCUUUCUAUUAGAUUUCAGCUAUUGGCUAGUUGUAGAAGUGGAAAUAUGCACUUUAAUCGAACAGACUUACGCCUAUUCGGAUGCUGUUUUAACAACUUGUUCAAUCGUUGCUAUAGCAUCUAUAUUAACAAAUACAUAUGCAAUAGUAACUCUGUGCUCUUAUUUAACCCCAACGACGAAGGAUACAUACGAAACUUUCGAUAUACUUUUUAAAGGUGUUAACGCCUUUUCGGCUGUAUGUUUUGUAGAAGUUCCUCUCAUUGUCUGUAGGGUUCGUUUACUAAUGGCGAACGGUACUAUGAAUGGAUCGUUUUAUGGUUGGUUUUUAAAAGAUGGUUUUACAAUUACGGUGAUACUUGUUGUAAUUAUCGAUAGUGAUAUUAUAAAGAGAAAAUUUUCCGACUGCUAUACUUGUAGAACGAAUCAUUUUGAACCAGAAAAACGAGACGUCUAUAUAAGAAGAAAAAUAAAUGAUACAUAUAAAGAUAUUGAAAAUAUAGAAAGAGCUCAAGAAUUGACAAAAACUAUUUAUUUAAAUAGUGCUGAUAAACUAGAGGAUGAAACAAAGAAAGAAGUUAAUAAAUCUACAAAAAAGAAAGUUUCGUUUAAAUUGUGACAAACUCUUUUUUUAUUUAUAGAAAUUAAGGUAACAAAAGAC